GACUACAACCCACCAGAGCGCAUGCGCCAGGCUCAGCUUCCGGGAGUUCAGUGGGGGAUGUUCCGGCUCUCUGUCUUAUCGAUAGCCCAAGCAGAGCAAGUGCCAAUGUGAAAAGUUUCCAUUUCAUGACGAUUGGCUCUACCUGAGAUACUAUCAUUUUAAAGAAGAUGAAUGAAGCUAAAUUUGUGUACCAGAACAUUCCACCAGUGACUUUACAUUUGUCAGAAGAGACUACCACAUCCAGUGUAUGUGUAAGCAAUAUGGAAAAUGUUGAGAACCAGUUUAAAGAUUUUGUGGAAAUAUUCCUUGUCGAAGUUUACAGAUGUAAAAUCUGCACAUAUGCCAGCAGCCUGAAGGUCAAAAUGAACUCCCACAUUGAAAAUCUUCACAAACCCAAGAGCAAUGAUCAGCUUUCUAAGAAGGUAACGAGCACAUGUCACACAGAACAUGACUCCUCGUACAGUACUGAUGUAGAAAUUGACACUGAAAGUAAAGUGGCUGAGGACAUUAUUGUGGACAAUCUAGAGAGGAUGUCAUUUCUUCUUCCUAUGUACAGGAUGCUUCACAACAUUAGCCCCGUGUCCUGUGAAAUGGGACUGGGAGGGCACAAUGAUAAUCUUCACUCUGCUGAUGCAUGUGAGGUCAGCACACUGUUUGAAGUGGAGUCUACGCCUUUUCAGUUAGAUGGACCUCACUCUGUGGUAUCAGGGCCUGUUCGGACAGCUGUGGCUGAAGAUGAUGAGGAAGCUCAGUCAGAACACCUUAUGUCACUAGGCCUUUGCCGGAUAUCCAAUAGUAAUAAAACUCAUACAAUGAACGUGGAAACCGGUGAUGAUAGUAUCAUUCUAAAGAAGCAAAGGCAUCUUAGUAAAAAAAAACGGAGUGUAAACCGACGCUCCAAUAAUACUGGAAACUCUCAAACUGGCUUGAAAAAUGAAUGCUAUAUUUGCAAGAUGUGCAAACUAGACUUUAAGUCAAAAGACAUUUAUAACCUCCACUUGAACUGUCAUGAUAGUGACACAGGUUUUAAAUGCAUGUAUUGCAGCUCCUGCAUGACUGAGUGGACCUUGAUGGAACAGCAUCUCAGGAGCCACAAUGCCAAAGGGUUGAGUUACAGUUGCUCGUUCUGUAAAAAGGUUUUCGCCAGGCGGAAUGCUUGGAAACUGCAUGAGGUCACCCAUCAACAAAAGUCAGGCCCCUUCUACUGUUCAAAGUGCCCAUCUUUUUAUUCAUCUGAGCAUGUGAGAGACUUGCAUUCUGCUUGCCAUUAUGAAGAGGCUUUUAAGUGUACAAAGUGUGACUUUACUGAUGAAGCAUGGAGCAAGGUUUAUAAACAUCUGUGUAACCAUGACAAUAGUAUUAAGCCACAUGGAUGUACCAACUGUGGCAAGAGAUUCUUCAGAACAGUUGAAUUGAAGGAACAUAUGGCGAGGCAUAAUGAGGCAAGACCUUAUCUCUGCCAGUUUUGUGGACGGACAUUCAAGUAUAGAAGGCAGAUGAAUAAACAUCGCAGACAUGUCCAUCAGAUGGCAAAAGAAGAAAGGAGAGAAAAUGAAAAUGAUCCAACAAGUAAACAGCAUGUGGAGAAGGAGCCUCAAAAUAAGUCAAAAAAGCCAAACAAAGAAUUUGACUGCAGUAUUUGUACCAGGAAAUGCUCCUCCAAGUUGGCACUACAGAGACACAUGGGAACACACACUGGUAUAAAACCAUUUCAUUGUCAGCACUGUGAUUAUAAAACCAGGCUAAAGGCAUCACUGAUACAGCACAUGAGAGUUCACACAGGUGAGAAGCCCUUCAAGUGUACAGUCUGCCAAUAUGCCUCCAUUGAUGCCAGCUCUCUAAGGCGGCAUUCCCGCACACAUUCUACUGAGAAACCUUACAAAUGCCAGCUGUGCUCUUAUAGUUGCAUCCAAAAGAAGAGCUUGGAUCUUCAUGUGCGCAGGCAUCACACAGGUGAGACCUUUGGUUGCCACUUAUGUGUCUACUCCUCUCCAGACAAACAGCUUUUGCAAAAGCAUCUGAAGAAACACCAGAAGGAGAUGGAAGAAACUUUAAGGAGCAUUCAAACGACCCCUCGAGGGGAGCCAUUUGCAACAGAAAAUUUUGUGGGAGCCCAUGACAUCCUGCAAACUAGCAAAUCUUAAGAAACUGUGGUCACAUAUCUGUAGACGAGAAGUUUCUCCCCACUAUUUUUAAUAGGCUAGCUGGGCCAGCUGUUACCAUCUCAGUACUGAAGGAGCUGGCAACACUAACUAAAUUCACUGAUGGCUUGGAGUGUGUUCCAAGAUUGUUAACAUUCUGAAAGGAGCUUUGGUAUGUUAAGAGUUAGAAUGUGCCAGUGAAUUGUGAGAAAGUUAACUGUACAGUCUCUUAUGCUUACAAAAAAAUAGUGUCUCUGUUUUCCAGCCAUUUAGACCUUUUCUAUUCGAGUGUGCUCAACCCCAGCAUUACCCCACUACUUAGUUACUUUUCAAGGAAGAGUUAAAGCGGUGGGUUUAGUUUUAUAAGGACUGUAUUUGCAUAAAGGCUGACCCAAAAAAUUAAAGAAUAAAUUAAAAAUUAAAACACAAACCAAAGAAUGAAGAAGCCUCUUGAUCAAAUCCACUGCUCUAUAAUUUUAGCAUGUUGUUAAUAAAUGUGUGUGCCAAUGCACGUGCUUGUUAAAAGAAAGAAGAGGUGGUUAGGAGCAACUUUGACUUUCUCUGCAGCUUUUCUGCCACAUUUGGUUUCGUCAUGCAUUCUGAUGGUCCAACUGUUAAACUUUCCACUGUCACAAUCAGCCAGAGCUGUGAAAUGUUUCCACCAACACACAGCCUGCAAUUGAAUAUGGAUGAGUUGCACGAAUGAAAUUGCAUGAUUGCUUUUAGGUUUUGAUAAUUUCAUUAUUACCCAAACCAUCAAAUGCAGUGAAGUUAUUAAUUUAAGAAAAUAAACUUAUACAGGCACUUAGAGUUACAAAGCAAUAUACAAUGAGGUGCUAGUAAUGCAUUUUUACCUGAAGAAGAAUAGCUGGAAAUUACAUUUAGAAAUAUUAUUUGAGCACUUAAUGCAUUGGUAUAGUGGUAUCAGUCUUGAUUUGGUAGUAGCUUAGACCUCUGACCUCUGAGUUAGAAUGUCCUGUGUUCAGGUUUCACCAAAGAAACCAAAGGCACUGGAACAUAUAAUCUAGCAUGACACUUCGGGACACUACUGAGAGAACACUGCCCUGUUUGCUGUCUUUGAUGGAUCAGUUCCUUGAAGAAUAGGAUUGCAAACAGAUGCAAAAUUCAGUGUUGGAAAUGAUGUUGAACUAUUUGACCUCAAGAUGAAACAUGGGCCAUACUUCCAAAGAGGAUCAACCUGUAGUACAGUUGAUCCUUAAUACUUGGCUUGCAAUCCAGAGAAGUGCACAGUGAAAUGGUAAGAAAUGUGGAAGUUGGAAACCAUAGAGUUGUAGAUCAGGAUGAAAUGUGGAGUUCUCAUGUUGUAUUUCAGGUAAAGAGAUGUAAAAAUCCAGUGGCAAAUGAUACAGCGGUCUGAUUUAAGACAUUGACUCAAUGUGCCCAUGAGCACUACCAUGCGAAACCAUUGUGUUUUCUCCUUUUUAAAAGUUUUGGAAAUGUUUCAUGUAUUUGUAUAGGUUUGUUUUGUUUGAAGCUUGGCUUUCAGUUCUGUAAGACAGUAUUUAGUAUUCUGAAGGGAAGUUACAUUUGCAUACUAAUUUGCUGAUUUCAGCAUCUUUUUUGGAAUACAGAAAGAAACAAACUUCAUCUCCUGAGAGUCCGUGAAUUUGGAGUUGGCGAAGAUCCAGCUCCUUUGUUGUUUCUCAUUUCUGAAACAACUGAAGCCUCUUGUCUUACAUUAGUUCUCUCUGCUCUCAGUGCACAGUUGACAGCACAGAAGAAACAAAAUUAUGGUGGUCUCCACAUGACUGCAAGCCUCCUGAUCUAUCACUGGAGUCUCUCCUAGUGGUCUUCAGAAUGUGCUAAACUGGCUGAAUGUGCCUGUUCCCUAUGACUUUUCUGAUCUCUGUGGCUAGAUACCACACAAGGCAGUGAAUUCACCCAUCGAGCCAUCUGGGCAGGCUGGUGCUUAUUGUAAAUUUUCCCCAGUCAGCCUUCAGCUGCUCAACUAAGUCAGCAGAGGAGAGGGAUAGAACCAGUAGCAAUCCUUAUUUUACAGAUUAAUGUUCCCAACAAGAGGGUAUUUAUUCAAAUGAGAUAUUAGAAAUUAAUUCCUUCUGUGUUUUUGGGAAAUGAUGCAUGGUGAGAAUAUUUUGUCUACAAAGCUGGAAAAAGAUAUACAACAAGCAGUUAUUGUUGCAAUGUUCAAUAUCUUUCAGAAUAUAUUCUGAAUGUAUUAACUGCUUUCUAUAAAAUUUGGAGCUAAAUAGUAUAUGGAUUGCAUGGUAUACUGCUAAUACACUGUGAUAAGAAGGCCCCAGUUCAGUAUUUACUUUGAGUUGCACAAGUUGAUCUUAUCUGGAAUGAGAUUAUUUUUUCAUGCAACAAGACAAAUGCUGGGAAAGCCACAUGUAUUUUCCAUUCCUAAAUGGCUGCUCAAGAAAUGGGAAACGCACUAAUGACAAUGCCUUUCAGAAAAUCCUAACUGUUUUACAAUUAAUCUUAUAAUGAUUUUGAAGUUUAUGGUGGUUUAUAGUGCACUCACUACUAUAACAUAGGAAGCAUUAUAGCUGAUUUGCGCAAAGCAAGCUCCAUGCAAAUGAUUAUCAAAUAAAUAACCAGAUCUUCAAUUUUAGAUGUUGACUGAGGAAUAAAUAUUUUCCAGAAUGCAAGGAGAAUCCUACUUCAGACACUACCGUGGAAUCCUCCAUGUCAACUUUGGUGCAGAAAUUUAGGCUAAUGUUCCUAUACGUACUGAGGGUAGCUGCACAGUCUCAGGUGCCAUCUUCUGCAUCAGACAUUAAACAACCUCACCACCAGUUAAAAGGAGAGCAGGGAUGUUAACCCUGAUAGCUAGCUGACAUUCUGUGCAUCAGAAUGACAGAUUAUCUGUUCACUAUCACUUUGUUGCUGGUCGGAGUUUGCUGUGGCCAAAUUGGCUGCAGUUUCUCCUACAUCAUAACAAUGACUACACUUCAAAAGCAUUUGCUUGGGUCUGAAGCAUUUCGGGAUGUCCUGAGGUGUUUUACAAACGGAAGCCUUUUACUUUUUCUUUUACUUGAGAGGGCUGACAGGAUCUCUGCCCAGUAUCUCAAAAAAAUGAUUUUUUAUAGCCUGAAUAGCUUUGAUGGGCAGUUCGAAGGACACUGAGAUACUGGUGUCCUCUUCUCCCUGAAGAUUUUGACUUCUGUUGAUGUACAGUUCCAUAGGCAUUGUGUAUUAAUUUUCCUAAAAAGAUUUUGUUUUCCAAAAAAAACAAUAUGACAAUUCUAAGGAGGUGGAUCACACAUCUGCUUUGUCAACCAUUCACUUAAAUAGAAGUAAAAUUGUGUUGGAUCUCAUAUUCCUGAGAAUUCUGUGUUGUUGUGAUUACGGGUAGAGUCUCUGGUUGUUUCUGCUGCUCAGAUCCCCAACGAGGUUAAGAUAUCAUAGAAUCCGUAAAGUGUGGAAACAGGCCAUUCGGCCCAACAAGUCCACACUGCCCCUCCGAAGAGCAUUCCACCCAGAC